GCAACUGCGCACCCUGACAGACGGGGGACUAGACUGAUUUGGGCAUUUCGCAUCUUCUUACCCACCCACCUCCGAAAAUAUUAAUUAUUCUGUCCCUUUUUCCGCGCAACGGCUGUUUAUUCCCAUAGAGAGCAAAAGAAGGAAACAGUGCCCGCGCGCGACGGAGGGAGGGGGCGAAAGAAGCGGCAGAGAAGUGUAGUCCCGGCGCUAAGCGAGCGCCGCCGCGGCUGCUGCGGAGUCAGUUGCUGGCUGGUUGGCUGGCUGGGCCGAGUUCACAAUGACUAAUGAAGAACCACUUCCAAAGAAGGCCCGUCUCAGUGAAACAGACUUCAAGGUUCUGCCUAGAGAGGAAUUGAUCUUAAGAUGGAAGCAGUAUGAAGCAUAUGUGCAAGCUCUUGAGGGCAAAUACACUGAUCUAAACUCCAAUGAUGUAACUGGAUUAAGAGAAUCUGAAGAAAAACUGAAGCAGCAACAGCAAGAAUCUGCUCGAAGGGAAAAUAUCUUGGUGAUGCGACUAGCAACUAAAGAACAAGAGAUGCAAGAGUGUACUAAUCAGAUACAGUACCUCAAGCAAGUCCAGCAACCGAGUGUUGCUCAACUGAGAUCAACAAUGGUGGACCCAGCCAUCAACUUGUUUUUCCUAAAAAUGAAAGGUGAACUGGAACAGACUAAAGACAAACUGGAACAAGCCCAAAAUGAACUGAGUGCCUGGAAAUUUACACCUGAUAGCCAAACAGGCAAAAAGUUAAUGGCGAAGUGUCGAAUGCUUAUCCAGGAGAAUCAAGAGCUUGGAAGGCAACUGUCCCAAGGACGUAUUGCACAACUUGAGGCAGAGUUGGCUUUACAGAAGAAAUAUAGUGAGGAGCUUAAAAGCAGUCAGGAUGAACUGAAUGAUUUCAUCAUCCAACUUGAUGAGGAAGUAGAAGGUAUGCAGAGUACCAUUCUAGUUCUACAGCAACAGUUGAAAGAGACUCGGCAACAGUUGGUUCAAUAUCAGCAGCAGCAGUUACAAGCUUCAACUCCAGGUACCAGCCGGACUCCAUCUUGUGAAACUACAGAUCAGGGAGAAACCAUGAGCAAAGAUUGCAGUCGCCUGGCCAAUGGACCAAGUAAUGGCAGCUCUUCGCAUCAGAGGACAGCUGGGCCUGGUUUUUAUAGAGAAGGUAGUGGAACAGAGGAUGAUUUUCCACCCUCACCAAGCAAUGGUAAUAAGCUUUCCAACCACUCUGAAGAUAGAACUGGCAGAGGAUCUGGUAGUUAUAUAAAUCAACUCAGUACUGGGUACGAAAGUGUAGACUCUCCCACUGGUAGUGAAAACUCUCUUACUCACCAUUCAAAUGAUACAGACUCUAAUCAUGAUCCACAAGAGGAGAAAACAGUCAGUGUGAAAGGUAACAGAACUUCGGGGUCUCGUCAUGUUCAGAAUGGUUUGGACUCUAAUGUAAAUGUGCAGGGUUCGGUUUUGUAACCUUUUUCUGCAAAAAAAAAAAAAUUUUAUAGUGUCACUUAAUUGGGAGAAGAAACUGUCCAGAACUGUUCAAAUUAGUGCAUAUAUGUCACAAUUCUGCCUUUGUGGGUUUUCUGCUUCAAUACCUCUGCCACUUCUGAAAUUUUAACAAUUAAUUACGUUGAAUGUUGCUAAAAGGAUGUUUGUGUAGGCUCAAGGUAUAUUUUGAGUUAAUGUGAAGUUGAAAAUGGAAUUUUAUUUCCAGGUAUAACACAAUGAUGUCUGUACAAAUCUGUGUAUAUCUAGAACUUGUGCUGUGUAAGGGCAUUCUUUACUCAUACUGUUUAUAACACUCAAACUUUGUCAUAAUAGUUGUGGGUUAAUGACUGCCAAGUUUGCCCAGUACAGUAGUUUUCUAAUUAAAAAAAACUUGGUGAGGGAGUCCUAUAGUAGUUUGUGUUCCACUUUUGCCACCAUGCAUCUGUGUGUUCUCUUUAGGUGACAGAAUGUUUAAGAAUUUUGUGUGCAUAGUUACUCAGUUUUAAGAACUGUUGUAUCCUGUUAAUGCAUAUUGCUCUGUGACUCCAAUAUUAUCUUACCUGUACUGACCAAACCUAAAUAAAAUUUUUAAUAAUGUAA